GACGGUAAAAACAGCCGAGCGGUUCCCCGGAGCAAACUACUCCGACCCGUAAUCCUCCACGACGGCCGCCUCGCCCAACGACCAACUCCCCUCACCGCCCUCCUCACCUUCCUCUGGCUCCCCGUCGGCCUCCUCUCUCUCUCCCUCCUCCGUGUCUACAUCAACAUCCCUCUCCCCGAACGCAUCGUACGACACACCUACCGCCUCAUGGGCAUCAACCUCAUCGUCCGCGGCUCCCCUCCCUUGCCUCCCCCCUCCCCCGGCCAGCCCGGCGUCCUCCUCGUAUGCAAUCACCGCACCGUCCUCGACCCUGUCGUCACCGCUGUCGCCCUCGGCCGCAAAAUCUCCUGCGUCACCUACAGCAUCAGUCGCUUCUCCGAACUCAUCUCCCCCAUCCGCGCCGUCGCCCUCUCCCGCGACCGCGAAUCUGACGCUUGUCGCAUUCGCCGCCUUCUUGAAGAGGGCGAUCUCGUCGUCUGCCCUGAGGGGACCACCUGCCGCGAACCUUUUCUUUUGCGCUUCAGCGCGCUCUUCGCUGAGCUGACCGACCGCAUUGUCCCUGUGGCGAUUAAUACGAAACAGGGGUUGUUCUAUGGAACAUCUACUAGGGGAUGGAAGAUGCUGGAUCCAUAUUUCUGUUUUAUGAACCCUCGGCCGACAUUCGAGAUCACGUUCCUGAACCAGCUCCCGCGGGAGCUUACGGUAGCGGGAGGCCGCUCGGCCAUUGAGGUUGCCAAUUAUGUACAACGAGUGUUGGCCGCGACGCUGGGGUUUGAAUGUACAAAUUUUACGCGGAAGGACAAGUAUGCCAUGCUUGCCGGGACGGAUGGGAAGGUGCCAAUGGCGAGGUUGUCAAAGGGGAAGAAGGAUGGUCGCCAGACGGAGGAAGUGGAAUUGAAAUAACGGGAGGGUGCGGUUAAGUUAGAAUUGGGUGACGUCAUUGUUUUAGUUUCAGUUUGAUUGGAUUCAAGUCGUGUGUUUGUUUUGGGGAAAAUAAAUUUUAAUAUGAUGACGAUGUAGUAUGAAAAAAAAAUUACGAUGAUUGUGGUAUAUGUACGAAGAUUUACAUUUCUA